UUUGGUGUGUUAAUCAUAUCAUGUGGGGAUAACGAAGGACUAACCAAUGCAAAACAAAGACAAAAAAUCGAUGUGUUUACCUAUCCUCUUCAGAUGUGUAUACUUAUAGUACUAUACAUACAGGUUAGACGAUGUUAGCGGUCAGGGAGAGAGCUGUUAUAAACUCGUGACGAGAUAGAGGCAGUGACUUCACUAGGCAUAACGGCGACACAUAUGUUUACUUAUACCAUCAAUGUAAUGGUUAAAGUCAGUUCCCUGUGGACUUUUAGUAGCGACCGCGACUUAUGCUAACACUGGCUUUGGCUUUGCAUAUCAGUGACGUUGAAAAAACCCACAGUUUGGUUGGCAGUCACCACCGGUACCAGACGCUUGACGUUUCUGGUAUUGAACAAGGAUUUAUAGGCGACUAUCAGGCGACAUCUCUCACAGGUGAAAGGGUGCAUACCCGAUUAUGUAGGUCACACCUGGGAGAUGUAAAAAAGACAAACCCCACGCAAGCAUCACUGUCAAUCAAAUCUCGUCAUUAAUGGUGCCGUACUGGUUGAAUGAUGGAUGGUGAUGCUUUGAUGAUUGGUCCACAGGGUCGGUAGUCGGUGCAGCCGUAGUCGCCUGAGGUACCUAUCGCUACAUCUACAGGGGAGGAGGUGCACUGGUGCACAGCAGAGACAUGCCGCGUUUAAAGGUCCACAUUUCGGAACCAAUAUGUGAUGAUUAACGUUAUUUCUGCGUCGACAAACAUCAGGAGACAGGAGAGGAUUACAAUGCAUUACCUUGGUGUCUGGAGGCGCUCAAUAACAACGAUGAUUGAAAAUAAAUAUUCGACUUUUAUUAGUGGACUAUAUUAGUGGACUAUAUCAAUGGACAGUGUGUGUAUUCUCAUCAUAUCUGAUACUCAGGGACGAUGACACAAUUCGUCACAAUACCGCAUACAAUAUGUUUUCGGAUUUAAAGUUAUAGCACAGAACAUACUACAUUAAUGAUGAAAUAACAACCACAUCCAUAGCAUCUUUUCUUCCUAAUUUUGUGCCGCACUUUGUAAGGAUUGCCUUUUUGGAAUGAUCGUACCUAUGACCAUCACACAAUGACAGUGACUUCGAGCCUAUCUGGUUACACCUCCUAUCUACCUCCACGGGUAGUGGACGUCCCUAGGGAAGCCAUCAGAAGCUUCCACCACUCCAAAAAAGUAGGCAACUAUUUACUAGGGAAGACAAUAGGAGAGGGAUCGUUCGCAAAGGUUAAGGAAGCUCUUCAUGUCCCAACGGGUGAACUGGUGGCAAUAAAGGUAAUUGACAAAAAGAGAGCGAAACAAGACAGCUAUGUCAGGAAAAAUCUUAGACGAGAGGGAAAAAUUCUGCAGUUGGCAAGACAUCCGAACAUUGUACAAUUGUUUGAAAUCAUGGAAACAGAAAACAGCUACUACCUCGUGACUGAACUGUGUAAGGGUGGUGAUCUUAUGGACUAUAUUUGUCAGCGGAAGAAACUAGAAGAGCGGGAAGCAAAAAAGUUUAUUAGGCAAAUUGUUUCUGCUAUUGAAUAUCUCCACAGGCUUGGCAUACUGCACAGGGAUCUGAAAGUGGAAAAUUUACUGCUGGAUGAAAGUCGUGAUAUCAAGAUAAUAGAUUUUGGUUUGAGUAACACAAUCAAGGUUUCCUCUUCCAAAGACUCGGUGCGUGCACAAGAAUAUUUAAAUACACAAUGUGGAAGCCCUGCUUAUGCAGCACCGGAACUCCUUGGGCGUAAAAAGUACGGUCCUCAAGUAGAUGUCUGGAGCAUAGGUGUAAAUAUGUAUGCAAUGCUGACCGGAAACCUGCCUUUUACUGUUGAUCCGUUCAAUAUUAAAACUCUCUACAACAAAAUGCUGAGCGGUCAAACGAACCCACUUCCGGAAAACGUGUCGAAGGAAUGCCGUGAACUGUUAAAACGCUUCCUGACACCGGAGCCUGAUAAACGCAUUACACUGGAGGACACCAUGAGACAUUCAUGGGUAGCAGAAAGUAAAGGUGUUCCGAUGGAACGAGCUCCUUGUCCUAACAAACUACGGAACGACGAACUAGAUGACAACAUCAUGAAACACAUGACAGAAUCACAAGGGUUCCGAUUGUCAGAGGUGAUCCGGUUUGUUAUUGGAAACAUCCCUAGUCCGGCAUUAGCGAUGUAUCACAUCCUACACCGGAAGUUGGCUCGGUAUAUGGCAGACAUGCGUGUUAAGGGGAAGGUGUCUGCAAUGGAUUCGCCAAUGUUUGGUCACAAAAAAGUAUCUCUAGUCUUUCAGAAAAUAAAAGCUCGUCGUAAUUCUGCCAAUGGAGAGGACUAUCAGGCAACUAACAAGUUUGGUGCUGUCAACUACAUGGCCAAGAAAAGGCACACCAAGGCAGACAAAACCGACGACGUGAAAAUCACAGAUAUUGAGAACGACGAUAACACAAAUGACCAGACGAAAACGCUGGACAGAGAAGUAUCUGACGUAACGAAAGCUGAUCAGCUGAAACAAUCGUUGUGUAAAUCACCUCUACCUAUACGACGAGAGACAACGUAUCUACCCAUUGUGCCCGGGAAAGUGAUUGUACGAGGUGCGGGUGCUUCCCGCGACCUGUCUCCUUCCCCAGAGUUCCAUAUCGAGGAUAUAGGCAGUGACAAUGGUGGUACCACGGAGGGCAUAGACUCACAUAGCACAGUAAAUAAACGCUCCAACUACCGACCUCAUAUGAUGCCUCCAAGACGACAUCUCGGCCGGGUUAAACAGUACCUUUGGGAGGAUCCUCUGCCGUCUGCUGAUAGGGGAAAUGCAGAGACGGCUGAUGUGUUAGUACGGCGGCUCAUUAAACGGUGCAAUACAGACCUUACGGUGAAUAUGAAAGGCAAUAAACCUCGCUUCCAGAGGGCGCAAAAUCAUCCUGAUAACGUCACUCAUCAAAUGUGCAAUGGACAAAACAACGUCUAUAUUAGACGGACUGAAGUUAAAAUAGUAAAUAACAAGAAACUAAUUCACCUUGAUUACUCGCCGUGUGGUGGUAAUAAAGAUACCAAGCAAGUGCUGACAACAGCUCAUGGUGCUAACCACAGAGGUCUGGACGUUCCUAAGCCCAGAACGUCAGCACGCGCGGUUAACUACCAGCAUCCUCACAACCAUCAUAGGUCAGGGCAAGCACUUCCACUUUAUAAUCGGAGUAAAUCGCCCCAUGCAGCCUCAAUUGAGAGAAUCACUGCUCUUUCCUCUAGUCCUAAACCUGCAAGCUCGAAGGGAACGUUGAAUUCUGAACUUUCGUCACUCCUCAACAGAGAGAACACAGCCCCUUCGUUAGCUCUGCCCAACAUUAUGUCUCCUACCGAGUGCAAGUAGAAGGCCUACUCAAAUAAACUCAUGGCCGGGUGCAAUAUGACCACAAGAUAACGUGUAAAUGAUUCAAUUGGAUACCAAAUCAUGGUCCGUUUGUACCUAUAUCUUUCGUACAUGGGUUUGUAGAAAUAUCGAUUAUCAUAUCAAAGUAUUGGUGAAUUAUUAUGGAAACAAUUUUAAAGAUAAUUGUUCUGACAAUUGCAAAUGUAUCGGCUGGAACGAAAUUACCCCUGUACUCUCUGUCGAGUACCAGGGUGUUUUAUUGAUGGAACAUUUAAUAUAUUCUUAAACACUUAUCUUGCUUUUAAAUAUUUAAACCUAUACCUCGAUGAGGCUUAUUGAACUCGUGAGGUUUAUAUGUCCCUACAUCAUUAACAACGAUAGUCAAAGACUAAUUUCUUUCAUACAAGUAUAUAAUAUGAUAUCACCACCUCUGCUCCAUGUCAGACGAAAUGGGCUUUGUGGCGGGAAUAUGUCAGACGGUCAUUCACGGGCAGUCAAUAUCAUAUUGUCCUGUUUAUGCGACGUCAAUAUAUUUUUCCUGGUGUCGUUUUUUUCCGGUCUUUUCAAUAGAAUUAAGCUAAAUGUAAUAUAUCUAUAUAAAUGACAAUUAAAACUAAAUCCCAGCCACACGUUAUCGCCAUGCAAUGCAAAUAGCACGUGUUUAUUUUCUUGGUUCACUCGUGUUUUCUGCAUCGUCAUGCACGUGUGACUUUGUAUAGGGCCUAGUCAAAAGACCGACAAUCAAUAUGAUACGAUGUUAUACAAUACUACCAGUUGUAUGUGUACUGUACCGUCACCAUGAUGAUUAUAACAAUACUCAUCAGGGGCCGAGACAGUAUGUGUACUGUACCGUCACCAUGGUGAUUAUAACAAUACUCAUCAGGGGCCGAGACGGUGUGUUUACUGUACCGUCACCAUGGUGAUUAUAACAAUACUCAUUAGGGGCCGAGACAGUGUAUAGCAAUGUUCAUCAAGGAUCGAGACGGUAUGUGUACUGUACGGUCACCGUGAUGAUUAUAGCAAUGUUCAUCAGGGACCGAGACAGUAUGUGUACUGUACCGUCACCAUGGUGAUUAUAACAAUACUCAUCAGGGACCGAGACGGUAUGUGUACUGUACCGUCACCAUGGUGAUUAUAACAAUACUCAUCAGGGACCGAGACGGUAUGUGUACUGUACCGUCACCAUGGUGAUUAUAACAAUACUCAUCAGGGACCGAGACGGUAUGUGUACUGUACGGUCACCGUGAUGAUUAUAACUAUAACCAUUAGGGACCGAGACGGUAUGUGUACUGUACCGUCACCAUGGUGAUUAUAACAAUACUCAUCAGGGACCGAGACGGUAUGUGUACUGUACCGUCACCAUGGUGAUUAUAACUAUAAUCAUCAGGGACCGAGACGGUAUGUGUACUGUACCGUCACCAUGGUGAUUAUAACUAUAAUCAUCAGGGACCGAGACGGUAUGUUCUGUACCGUCACCAUGGUGAUUAUAACAGUCACACAAAGUACAUUAUGGUUCACAAAGAAUCAUGUGUACUACUUACUUGCCAGUGCAAUUUUAUAUUACAGGUACGAUUUUGGAAACGAUGAAAUAUUAGUUAGCUUGACUCAUGAUGAGAAAUUAUCAUGUUUUGUUUGUAUUACAUAUUGUUAAUAUGAUAUUGUGAUGAAUUUCAGUAAAAAGUGAUCUAUUAAAAAGUAGGUAAGUUC